AUGCAGAAGUUCCUGGAACAAAACCCCGCCUUGCAGAAGUUCCUCGAACCAAAUCCUGUCUCGCAGAAGUUCCUCGAACGCAUCUACAACAGCUACCAGGAUUUCAUCGCCGCGCUGAAGCGCAGCGGUGUGCCCAACUGUGCGCUGUGGAUGCUGAAGCUGUGCCGCCGGGUGCUCGGCGGCACCCCCAGCACCCGGACCAUGGUGGGCGAGCAGCAACUUCGAGAACCGUUCUUCCAUCAUGACAAUCUCAUCGUCCAAGGACGUCUCCGCAGUUACAUUUGCAAUUUUGCCAUCUUCAAAUCUUUUUCUUAG